AUGUCUGGCUUCAAGUACUUCGGCUGGCACGUCACCCCCGUCUCGGGCGCCAUUCUCUUCAUAGUCGGUAUCUUCGCGCUCCUCACGGUGGUGAGAAUGUUCUACACAUCGCACCCCAAGGCCUCGCGGUAUGUCCCGGAAUCAACCUUUCUUGUCUUCCUCGGCGUGGGUCUUGGAGUUAUUAUUUCGGCAAUUUCCAGCGCCGAGGCCACGUAUCUGGAAAACCUCUUCAAGUUCAGCCAUGAUAUUUUUCUCUUCCUGCUGGUCCCCAUCAUCAUUUUCGAGUCGGCAUACACCCUAGACAAGACCUCGUUCUUCCACAACUUCGCUGAGAUCAUGGUUUACGCCGUCGUCGGCACCCUCAUGAACACCCUCUUCAUUGCCUUCUUGCUGCACGCUUUGAAGCGCUACUUUGUCCUGCAGCUCUACACGACUAGCCAAAUAUUUGCCUUUGCAGCACUGAUAUCUGCCGUCGACCCUGUGUCUGUGAUGGCAGUCAUGCUCGAUCUCAAGGUGAACAGGAACCUCUACAACAUGUCCUUCGGAGAAUCGGUCCUCAAUGAUGGUGUAAGUAUUGUGCUCUACAGUCUCUUUUCCAACCUUGACCAGCUCAAGGAGCAUCACUACAGCAAUCUGCAAAUUGUUGGAAUUGGUAUUCUGAAGUUUAUAGUUUCUGUCACGUUUGCAAUGCUUGUAGGUGCGUCAAUCACAUUUCUUGCAUGCAUUAUUCUAAAGUAUAAGAAAAACAGGCUUCGGUACUUGGAGCCAUUCCUUGCCCUUAUCUGCGCAUAUGGAACAUUUCAGCUUGCAGACUCUCUACUCUUUAGCGGGAUCAUCAGUAUUAUAAUUUCUGGCCUGCUGCUCUCGCGCUACUCAGAGCCGAACUGGGCUCAUAGCUCAGUUGAGACCAUGCAUAUAACCAUGAAGAUGUUUGCUUCUUCGUUUGAGGCCCUUAUUUUCUUCGACAUGGGCAUGCAAAUCUCCUUCUUGACCAGGGACAAGAUCGUUGGGAAAAGCAAAAUCGACUACGUCUUCCUGCUCAUUGCAUUGGGGCUGGUGCUUGUUGCCAGGAUUCUGUCAGUACUGCUCCUGACAGCCCUCCUGAACAUACGGCGAAAGAUGAGAAACGAAAUGAUUCCGCUGAAGGAACAAUUCAUUAUGAUCAUGGCCGGGCUGCGAGGAGCCAUUUCAUUUGCGUUGUCCACUGCACUCGUCACAAUACCUGAGGGGACCACCGGGCAAGACCUCACCAACGCAAUCAACGUGCAAAACAAUAUUAUCUUCAUCACCAGCAUCAUUAUUUUGUUUACAAUAGUGAUACAAGGGCUUCCGUUGGGCUUCUUUAUCAAGAAGCUGCGCAUUGCUAGAGAGCGCGAAUACCCAUUCAACACACCCCUUGACGGCCACCGAAUAGACCUCUCGAUCCUGACAAUGGACCUAGUGUUCCAACAGACACUCCUAUCCAUAGACGCUAUUGGCUGGAACAAGGGGAUGAUCAACUCUUGGGAUCGAUUUGUGCAAAAGUUCGACGGCGCGCUGCAAAAAGCGUUUCUGCGCAAAAAGAUAACAAACGAGGGGGAAAUAAUGAAGAAGCUCAUGCUCAUCGCUGAGGAGGAAGACAAGAUGGAGCGAGACAUGCAAAAGGAAGUUGAUGAUCUCCUACUACGGAAACGCCAAGAUGCCCUGAACGAAAUUCAAUCGCUUCUAGCAGCCGGCGAGGAAGAGAGAGCACGUGAUGUGUUAGCAGAGCUACCCCCUGGAGAGCGGCACCUCCUUGCACAGAAGCUAAAUUUAGAGAUAGCAGCCCCAGACGCGCUAGAUCAUCAACGAAACAUGUUGUCAAUGCGGUUCUUGGGAGAAUUUAACCAGAAGGGCCUCGUGAGUUCAGAGAGUAGGAAGUCCUUCGCUAACUUACGCCUCAGUAUGGACCUGCCCCAUCUACCUGGUGCCCCUAGAAUAGUGGGAAUUGAUAGCAUGAGCCCAGACGGGAUUCCUACCAUGGCAACGGGACAACUUGCGGGAGGAGGCUCCGUUGGGUGCGCGCACCAAGACAACAUUGUGCCUGACGCGUCACUACCACAUGCGAUGUCGAACCUGUCCAUUAGUAGGGAAACUAUAAACACAUCCAGUGAUGAUAGCCUUGUGAAGUACAUGCCCAAGUCUCAAUCGCGUGCCAUGCUCGGUAUGGACAACAAGACCUUGUCAAAGCCAUGCCUAAGCAUGGCGUUGUUCAGUCAUGAAAAAACAGCUCUAAUUAAUGAGCAGUCACGAACAUCCGCCAAUGCCCAAGCUCCAGCUCCGGUUCCGGUUCCUCCCAGCCUCACCAUAGGAGCAUUUCUUGGUCACAGACAAGAAACAAACCAGACAAAUGAUCCAGUUGGGGGCGUGGACAACUCGAUGGGCAUAGAAAAGAAUGAGGCUGUCAGUGCGAUACCCACAAUUGAUGUCCUCAAGCCAAAUGCUGCUGUGCCAGAAAUGGAUACCCUGUUCUUUUCCCCACAAGCGACAUUUGGUGACGGCAAUAUAGAGGACAGUGACUCCAGCGAUAGCACCACCCAAACGAAUGGUGGAGCUGACGCCUAA